ACCAAUACUAUUACAAUGACCAUACAUCAGAUGUGCCAUGUAAACUCUGCAUUACUGUAUAGGAAAUGUAUCGACCUAUUCCUACAUUUUAUAACAGCUGAUCGAAACACCACUACCGAGAAAUCUGCAAUGCCAUCAAAAAAAGAGGUGCUGCAAUGCCACUUACCUUUAACAAAACAAUUUCGAUCUGAUAAAAGAAAGUGUAGCAGUAUGUUUGACUAUAUAGAUACAUGCAUUCAAAUAUUAUGCGUGGUUGUUAUAGCAGAGCUAUCCAGGCGUCUAUUCCUUUACCUAAGGGAAAUACUUUGGUAUACCAACUACUAUGAGAGCACUGGAAGUGACCAAUGGUGGAUAAUGGCUAAAAGGUGUUUCAGUGUGAAUAUUGAAACAAUUGUGAUUGUUAUGUUGGUUGUGUUUGCAGCAUUGGUUAGAUUUGCUAUGAAUGCAAAAUUUAUUCUACCACCAUUAGGAUGGCUUUGUUAUAUACCAUUAUAUUGGUUGCUUAUCGGUGUCAACAUUAGUUUCUCACAUCUAUCAUAUGCUAAUUGGAUACGACAAUCUCAUGGUUUGGAUUAUGCUGAAGGCAUGGCAUCUAACUAUUUUCAUGGAUACCUUAAACUUACAUUACCAUCUCAUACCGGGCAUCUGGGCUUAAAAGAACGGAUUGAGCUGUACGAGGCAAAGGAAAAGGUGGAGUUCGCCGUAAAGCGUUUAAUUAUUUUGGUGCCAAAUACAAUGUUUGUAAAUUCACGAAUCGAAAGUCGUAUACUGACUAAGGCAGGAGUUGUGCCUCUAGAGACGAUUGUAAAGAACAGAGCUGGAGUCGAAAGGCCUUUUAAAAACGAUGUUUAUAAAUUUACUGUGCCUAUAAAUGGAACUACAUACUAUGUCGCCUUGGAAGGUGCCACACCUAUGUUGUCCUUCUUUGAAGCCAUGACAUACCAGCCAUCCACCACUUGGCAAAUGAAGGAAAUGAAAAGAGAGAUAUUAUUGAAAUUUUAUAAACACUUAAAGAAACUUUUGAAGGAAUGGCCACCAACUGAGGAUGAGGCAGAAUUGGUUUUGUAUAAUGCUUACAAAAGUAAUGGCCAACCACAAGAUGUUGGAGAAGUUUUACUUAGCCACAUUACAAAUAUGUGGAAUGAGGGGCGUUCAUAAAAUAAGCCUGUCUAGAAAACAAUGCAACGAAGCUCUCUUUUUGCACUCAAAGAAUAUUGUUAACUAUAAUUUUUAACUUUUUUUGUGUUUUUU